AUGUCUGUUCCAAACCAACACAAUGCAAUUAUUACUAACCCUUCUCCACCAGAAUAUAUAAAUAAGAAAAAUAGUGGUUGUCAAACAAACCAACUUCAAUACAUACAGAGGGUGGUCAUGAGAGCCAUAUGGAAACACAAAUUCUCCUGGCCAUUUCACCAGCCCGUAGAUGCAGCAGCACUGAAUCUUCCGGAUUAUUACAGUAUUAUAAAAAACCCGAUGGACUUGAGCACCAUUAAAAAGCGUCUGGAACACAAUUACUACACAAAAGCUGCAGAAUGCAUUGAAGACUUUAAAACGAUGUUCUUGAAUUGCUAUAUAUAUAAUAAGCCAGGUCAUGACAUUGUAUUUAUGGCCCAAGAACUAGAAAAAGUGUUCAUGAAGAAAAUAGCCCAAAUGCCAACAGAAGAAAGACUAGUGAUUCUCAACCAAGGAAAGAGAAAAGGAAAGAAGUUGGAAGAACCACAGCAGCCCAGCCCUGGAACUUCAAAUGAACGAAGCACAACGCAGAAACAAACUGAAAGUAGUGAGCAGCCUUCAUCACCGACUCGAGAGCUACAGCAGGUUACACUAGCACCUUCGUCUGCAGCUCGGCUGACUGCAUUAAUGCCAGCUGCAGUCCCUCUAACAAAAGCAAAAAAAGGUGUGAGAAGGAAGGCUGACACUACAACUCCUAGUACUUCAACAUUCACAGCAAGCAGUGAAUCUUCUGAAAGAUUUAAUAAAAGAAAACCUGCUAAAUCAUGCAGAGAUGAAAAUGAAUGUAUGAUACCGGAUAAGAUUCUGAAGACAUACUUGCCAGAUUCUCAACAGUUACCUGAAAUUCUUAAAAAGUUUCAGUUGUCAAAACAACUCAAACAUUGUAAUGAAAUACUUAAAGAAAUGUUGUCAAAGAAACAUGCAGCUUAUGUCUGGCCUUUCUUAAAAUCUGUAGAUGUUUUAUCUUUCUCACCUGGUGAGAACCAAAGGAUCCCCAAAUAUCCUACAGACUUGGGAGCUAUCAAGAAGAAAAUGGAUAAUUCUGAAUAUAGUGAUAUACAAGAAUUUGCUACAGAUGUUAGACUCAUGUUCAUGAAUUGCUACAAACAUCAUUCUCCAGAUCAUGAGAUAGUUGCUAAGGCAAGAAAACUUCAGGACUUUUUUGAGAUGCGCUUUGCCAAAAUUCUUCGGGAACCUGUUUCAAGUGUUCCUCUGCCACAGCCUACCAGAGAAAUUACAGAAGCUUAUUCCAGUGAGAGCAGUAAUGAUGACUCUUCAGAAGAAAAAUCAUCAGAAGAGUCUGAACAGGAGAGAAUAACGCACCUUGCAAAGCUUCAGGAGCAACUUAAAGCUGUUCACCAGCAGUUGCGGGCUUUGACCAGGACAUUCUUACCUAGACUGAAAAAACAAAAAGGGAAGGCUAAAAAAGAGAAAAAUAAGGGCAAGGAAAAAGCCCAAAUAAAAAGCAUGUUUCAGAGGAAGAAAAAAUUAAAACGGAAGAAGAAAUGUAAGAAAGAGCUGCCUUUAAACAUUCAGUCAAAGAAAACCAUGCAGCAAGCCUUGUUGCCACGUAAGUCAGAAGACGAAGAUGGUGCCAAGCCUAUGAGUUACGAUGAAAAACGACAGUUGAGUUUGGACAUAAAUAAACUCCCUGGAGAUAAGCUUGGAAAAGUAGUCCAUAUAAUACAGUCAGGAGAACCUUCACUGAGGAACUCCGACCCUGAUGAGAUGGAAAUAGACUUUGAAAUUUUGAAGUCUUCAACACUUAGAGAACUACAGAAAUAUGUGGCAACCUGUUUGAAGAAGAGAGCAAGAAAGCAACAGGCUAAAAAAACAACGAAGACAAAAGAACAACUUAACUCUGAGAGGAAACAGGAGCUAGAGAAGAGACUACUGGAUGUCAAUGAUCAACUAAACCCAAGAAAGAAGAACUUCAAGUUUGAAAACAACACCGAGUCCACAAGCAGACUGAGCGACAGCAGCAGCAGUUCCUCAGGUUCUGUCAGCAGUACUAGCAGUGGUUCUAACUCUUCAGACAGCAGCGACAAUGAAUUGGAAACCUGCUCAUCACAGGCUGGAGCCAGGCAGAACUAUCCAAAUUCUGUGAAAAAGCCUAAGAAACCACUGUCUUUACAGAGGACAUCCUGCAAUGCUGUUCUGCAAACACAAUCCACAAGUAGCUUGCAAAAUCAUGGAUCAUCUGAAUUGCAGCAGCCAGCUCUCGAUGCGCUUCAGAAGCUUCAGCCUUUGCAGAAUAGAUCAUUUAAAUCAUCAGAACUAAAUGCCCAGUCUCCACCAGGUAUAAUCUCGGCUGAAUCUGUUCUGCAUGAUGCUCCAGACCAGCAAACCCUUCAGAGAACUCCAAGGAGAGAUCAGUCUUCUGUCACUUGGAGCACGCAUGCUCCUCCAGAGGUAUCCAACAAAACUUCUCAAGUUGAUGGUGCUGAUGGGAGGAAACAAGCUGAGAAAACAAUACAGCCAGACAAAUCAAAUGAACUUCAAAACAAUGCCAGUGAGAGAACUGCUGAUUCAAUACCCAUAAGUCAAGAACAAAGUCAUUGUACACCUACUGAUAAACCAGUAAAGGACACAGAAUUUAAGAAUACAGAUUCCUGGGUAAGCUUAUGUAAAAAGAUGAUGCUUCCAGCUCCAAUAAAAGCAUCUGCUGAGACCUUCAAACAGUUCAGGGAAGCAGCAUUAAAGAAGAGAGGCGAACAAGUGCAGAAGGUAAAAAGGCCUCAGGUGCAAGGCCAGAGGAAACUGCAAAGCCCUUCUCAAAAAAAAGAGAGGGGCCAUGAAGGUACAGGACUGGAUGCCAUGGUGGCGACAGACUGUGAGCCUCAAAAAGAGGAACAUAAGAACAAACAACUGUCUGAACCUCAACAACAUCAUCUUGUUCGAGCCCGUAACCUAGCUAGAAAAAUGGAACAAGAACGCAGGAGAAGAGAAGCAAUGGCUUGUAUAAUUGAUAUGAAUCUGCAGAGAGAUAUUAUGACAUCAUUCGAAGAAUAUAUUGAGUGA